GCGAACUAAGUACUCGCUAUUUCGAUUCAAUUUAGUCUGCGACAUGGGCGGCAUGGAAUUGGCAUUCGCAAAUCCAAAAUCAAAUUCUGCAUACAGUGGAUGGUUGUAACACGAUGUUUGCGCCUCUGCAGCAUGGUCUCUUCAUCUAGUUAGUAUGGUCUUAUCUUCUUUGCUACGACUACGCGCCAGAGCUGUAUUUCUGCAUCACGAUUAGACAGGACACAUCGAUAUGCAUAUCAUCGGGCCUCUUUAAUUUUUCGAUCUCCCAUUAGCUAGAUAAACAUAUGCGUAUCCUAUUGGUAGUUGUACCUGUGCGAAUUACCUAUAGUACCCACACCCAUGCAUUCACAACAUAUUAAGUCACAACAUGAUAAUUUUCUUGUAUACCAUUCACAUUUAUCUACUUGAUUAUAAAAUGUGUUUUUCUAGAUUGCUUUUGCUAGACUAGUACAGAUCGGCUGCAUCCGCAUGCAAGGACAUUGGAAUAUUUAGAUCUUCAUCUUCAUUUACUUGCGCACUCUCACACACUCUCAUAUCACUGUUUCCCCUGUACAGAGUAUGAACUCCCCCUGAUUUUGCACAGAUAAAAAAAUCAAUCAGCUGGGUGCGUAGUGGAGGAGCCUUGAGAUUCGGCUUGCCCUACCCCUAGCUGUAUGGUCGAGUCUUCUACAUUACCAGUGCACAAACAGAGUGUAAUGUAUGUCGCAACUUAUGUUCAUGCAACCCAAGAAAUCAUGAAAAAUUCCUUGUUGUAGGUACUUGUAACAUUUCUCAUUCGUUCAUUUCAACUAAGUACCACUAGGUAGAAGUUACAUCAAUUAUUGUUGUUCUUAUGAUUUCACUGAAUCAGGUGAUCAUUGAAGUUUAUCACUUCUAUCGUCCUUUGAAUCCUCUGCAGUCGCAGCAUCAAAAUGUUUCUAGGACGACUUAUUGUACUAGGAUGCAGUACAAAAACAAACGUCGACGCUAGUGUGGUUUAUCACGAAAAAUGCCUAUUGCCGUGCC